UUCUCUCGGAUAUUGGAGAAUAGACUUUUAGGGACCGGUAAUAACAUGAUAUUCGGACAUCCGCUGCUUUUGGUCGCCAUUGUCCUUUUGAUGGCCCAGGGGAAAUAUGCCCAGUCAUUAUCUCAGGGAGUCGAGGAAUUUUCCUUAGAUCUCUUAAAUCGGAUAGCCGUCGAUUCCAACCAGAACUUCAUGAUAUCGCCCUUCUCCGUUUGGUCACUCUUCGUUCUUCUCGACGAAGGAGCUGAUGGAGAAACGCAUGCUGAGAUGCAUAAGGCCCUAAGGAUCAAUGUUGAUCAUGGACAACUGCGUGAGUUCUACAGGGAGAGAAACAAGUUGCUCAACGUUAAGACUUCCGGAGUCGAGGUGGGUUCCCUUCAGGCGGUGUACAUUUCCAACACGUUUUCGGUCAAAAGAACCUACCGGAAUGUCCUUCAGAACAUUUAUAACGUUAGUCCCAUGGAAGUAGACUUCCACGACCUGGGCACAGUGCGUCGCAUCAACGAGGACAUUACGCGCAGCACCCGAGGUCUUAUAAAGGACCCUGUUAAACAAAAAGAUGUGACAGAUGCCAAAUUGUUCUUGCUCUCCUCCCUUUACUUCAAGGGUCAGUGGAAGACCCCUUUUCAAAGCGAAAGGACAUUUGAGAAACCAUUUUACAAUGAAAACGGUCAGGUUAUCGCACAGGUACCCAUGAUGUCACAGGAUGGAACAUUUGCCACCGCCGACAUUAAAGAACUCGGUGGUUCUGUUCUUAAGAUGCCCUAUGGGUCCCUGGAGUGGGUGUCAAUGAUCGUGGUGAAGCCCAACGAUGGGGUUACAUUGAACGCCGUGACCAACAAUCUGAAGACCUUGGGAUUACAAGCGAUUCUUGAAAAGUUAACCGAUCAGGAAGUGAUCGUCUUUUUGCCCAAGUUUGAAACGACUACGGACCUUUCACUCAAGGAAACCCUUGUCCAGAUGGGCAUGCCGCAAUUAUUCGAUGAACGCAAAGCUAAUCUGGACCGCAUUGCUCGCGGAUUAUAUGUAUCGCUCUGCAAGCAAUCGACCAAGAUCAUCGUCGACGAAGAGGGAACAACGGCGGCCGCGGUCACGGCCAUCACGGUGGGUGGCAGGUCCCUAUUCCCAACCACAUUCCGGGUGGACAAGCCCUUCCUAUACUUGAUCGUAGAGAAGGAAACUGGCCUACUGCUCUUCGCCGGCCAAGUUCGGAAUCCCAAGGCAGCUUAACCAUAAUUAAUAUACCCUAUUAAGUGUGUUACGCUUAGUCAAAUCUGGUUUAUUUCUUGGUACGACCGGCGGCCUUUUUACCACCCACUGGCUGCUGCUUAUCUUUGCCGGCCUUGCUGGAAAUGAGGGGAUGUGUUUCUGUAAUAAAGAAGUAACAUUAGAAA